CUCCGCUCCCCGGGGCCGCUUCACCGCGACACCAGGCCUCUUUAUCCUUCCGCGGACCAGCGAGAGGAGCGAGGCGGCGGCUCCCGGUCCCGCACUGUCAUCCAGCGUUAGCUUUAGCCCGCAGCUAACGAGGAUGUUGCUAGCGAUUUGCAUGACAACAGCGAAAACUAAUAUUAGCCUUCUCCGGCCAAUCGAGGUAGCUAUUGUUAGCCGGAUGGGGCUGUGUGGGACUGCGGCGGGUCGGCUAGCUGUCUGUUAGCCUGGUUCACCGGACGUUUGACUUUCCUCUCCCCGGCUUUUGUGCCCUUUUCCUCCGCUCUCGGAUGGGCUGUUGUCAUAUGUUAGCUCUGACACACGUAAGCACAUCGCUGCCAUAUGUUCCUCUCUGGCAGGGGGGGAGGGAUGCUGCUGCUGCUUUUGUCCUCGCACAGCUGCCUGUGUUUGUUUUGUUUCAUUGGAUUCCAUGGGGGGUUUUCUCCAGUUAGCUUCGGCGCUAGUUUAGCACUUGGAUAUUGUUAGCUGAGACAAAGUGGGUGUAGCAGCUACAGUGGGACGUCUUACGAGAUGACAUUUAUUUAAUCUGCAAAACAAAACCUAGCAUCAACACCCUCUCUGUGUUUCUAUGUGGUGGUGCUGCUCCUCGGCUGUCAGCUAUUGUUUGAAGGGAUUUCUAGUGUAGGAUCAUGAGAAUGAAGAGCUUCGUCUCAUGUCACCAAGGAUUGUAGGCACAAGAUUCCCGUCCUCUAUGUUUAGAGACUUUACUAUCAGCGCUAUUUUCUGUAAAGUUCAGAGGACCAUGUUUAGGAAGUGAGCAACGGCGAUGGAAGGGAAAGGCCCGUACCGCAUCUAUGAUCCAGGUGGGAGUGAGGUCAAGGCCAGAGAGGAGGCCGGAGGGGGAAGCAGCUAUCGACAGCUACUGGAGGAGAACAACAUACUGAGGGAGCGGAUGAAGGGACUUAAGAGCUUAGGAGAUUUGCUGGAAGAGUCUCAGUCAGAGGCAUCGAAGCUUCGGCAGCGAGUGGAAGAACUAGUGAGAGAUAACGAAGCCCUGAAGUCCUCCAGCUUCGCUGCCAGUCUGUGUAUGGGAGGGGCGGUCCAAACCGAGACCCCGAGUAGGUUCCAGAGACCUGAUGGUAAACCCUGUUUACACGCGACUGCAGAGCAGAAGGAGGAACAGACAAACUGUUUAGGGAAGACCUUGCAGCCUGAGAAGCCCAACGAGGUCUUAUCAGAGGGGAAGACUCCAAAUGCCUUGACAGCCGGCUCUGUGAAGGGAGUUAUCCCCCCCCUGCCUCAGGAGAACAUCGAGCUAGUGAGCCAGCUGAAGAGACUAGAGAGCUCCUUCAGCAUAUUCGCAGAGGAGUCCAACCCGAACCAGCUGUUGGCUCACCUCGGCCGCAUGGCUGUGGAGUUUCACCAUCUCUCCUCAAAGGUCCAAAAGAAUGAACAGAGGACCUCCCUCCUACAGACUCUCUGUGAGCAACUCAGACAGGAAAACAAUGACCUUCGAAAGAAAAUGGAGGAUGACCAUCAUAUUAGGAAUCAAGACUUGGAACACCUGAGACUGGAGAACCAGAAACUUAAGGAGCUCGUCACAGGAGGAGCAGCUGCCGCAGGAGGAGCAGCAGCAUCAUCUGCUGUAACAUCUGAUACAGAAGCUCCAGAGGAGCCGGUGAAGGAGGAAUCUGCUGCGGUGCGAUCUAAGAUGGAGGCUCUCACACCACAGAAGAGUGGAAAAGCCACAGAGAAAACCCCGACUAAACAUUGUGAUGUCGAAGUGUACGAAAAGAAGAUCAAGCUUUUGGAGAAGCAGAGAAAGGAUGUACUGGAGGUGAACAAGCAGUGGGACAUUCAGUGGAACUCCAUGAAGUCACAGUUUGAGCAGAAGAUCACAGAUCUCAGACAACGGCUGGCGGAGUCCCAGAAAACUGUGCUUGAGCUGGAGGCCGAGCGAGAGCAGAGGCAGCGCGACUAUGACAAGAAGCUGCUGCUAGCCAAGUCCAAGAUAGAAAACGUACAGGGUGAAAAGGAAUGUCUCAACACCGAGACCACUGAGCUGAAGCAGAAGGUUCGCUACCUGCAGGAUCAGCUGCUGCCCCUCAGCAAACAGAGAGAGUACCAGGAGAAGGAGAUCCAGCGUCUCAAUCGGGCUCUAGAGGAGGCCUUAAACCUUAAAACCCCUUCGUCCUCUCAACAACCACCUGGCCAGGCAAACUUUGCAGACCCAGCAAAUAACCAGAAGAAACAAGAACUGCUCACUCAAAUUGCUGUACUAAAAGAGCAGGUGAAGAUCUUUGAAGAAGACUUCAGAAAAGAGAGGAGUGACAGAGAGCGAAUGAAUGAGGAAAAAGAGGAUUUGAGGCGACAAGUUGAGAGACUCCAGGGUCAGAUUACGAAUUUGACCAAUCAGCUUCAUCAGGCACAGAAUGAGUGUCAGAGAGAACGCACAGAGAGAUGUAAGCUGGAGAGACUGCAGAUGCAUCACAAACAGGGGCAGCAGCAGAAAAGACGCACCUCAGACCCCACGUCAGGCUCAGUGAACGGCCUGCUGAGCCCUCCCUACUGUGGUCCCUUUGUGCAGGUGGGACCGCAGGGCCUUGAGGGCUGGCCCACACACUUCCCUACCCGGAUGCCCAAUGCAGCAGGCGCAGCGGCCGCAGCAGCACCGCCCCCUGUACGAGACUUCCAGCCUGUUACCCCGGGUUUUCCAUGGCAGUCAUCAUUCCCACAGCCCCGAGGGACCAGAGCAGUUGGAGAGAGUUCAAGACCACCACCAGAGAAUGCAGAUCAGUCAGCAGCAGCAGUCACAGCAGCAGCAGCGGCAGCAGCUUCCACAGCAGCAGCAGCAACCGCAGCAGCAAGCGCAUCAAUCGCAGCAGGAUAUCGGGAGAAAAGGGAGCGGCAAAACAUCGACCCUGGAAAGCACUAAAGCAUCACCGUACCCAACUGAUUGAUCUGGGUAGUAGCAUGAAAUCAGUUUGUUUUUGAGUUGACAAGGUGUGAUUUGAUCUAUAAUUUUCCUACUGAACUGUAGAUAUCCUAUUGUAAUGUUGUUUAUACUUGCGUUUUAUAAGGCUAUUUGUGAAACACUUCGCUAUUCUGAAUGAAAUAUUAUUUUGAUCUUUUCUGUUUUGUUUUUGUCAGGAUCUGAAGUCAUUUGUUAAAUAGGUUUGAAUAACUAUCAUUGCUCUGUUAUUUAGUUUUUUUCAGGAAAUAUACCUAUGUGAUUGUCUCCCUGCAAAUCUGUAACGACUUGACACUUAGUUUGUUACUUGUGGGGUUACAGGAAGCCAUUCCCCAGUAAUACUACAUAUACUAAUUCCAACAAUGAAUGAUUAUAUAGGUACAUUGAAUCAUAGAAUUAACGACGUGAAUGUUGAUUGAUUUAUGAAGAUUUCUUCAGUACCAUCGAUGUAAUAGAACUGUCCCUUAUGUGUAACUGUUCAAAAGUGGUUGUUGAAAUACAAAUAUUUGGGGGAAAUUAAUUUUUGAUCUUAUCAUACCAAAAAACAUGAUUGUGAUUCUUGAUAAUUUAUUUAUAACUCUGUUUUGAUAUUUGCAUUGACUAAGUGUAAAUCAUUGUCUUUAGUAAUGCUGUUCUUUCUAUGUUGUUAGUGUAAUCCCAAUAUAUUGUAGCUAUUGACAUUGUAUGUUUGUAUCAAAAUACACAAUGCACAAUACAUACACAACCUUUUUUUCCCCAUGCCGAUGGACCUAAUCUCAUUAAACACAACACUUGUACUUUA